CAUAUCAUACACUGAGAAAAAUAAAGCUGGAGGGUUUGGGAUAAAGAUUCUGGCAUACUCUUCUAUAGCUCUUAAUUUAUCUCGUCCUCUCCCGCCCUAUGUAUAUGUAGAUAGCCCUAGAAAAAUCAGAAAACUGUAUAUAUUAGAUAUUCCUGUGAGAGAUACUCUGAGUUUUAACACGGUCUGAAUAUCCUCUCAAAUUCUUGGGGAGGGAAGAAAGAAGACAGUAAAAAUGUCUACCGUUGACAAGAAUAAUUACAACUCGAGGGUGACACCCUAUGUGUUUGCCUGUUGGAUUCUUGCGGCCUUUGGAGGGUUGAUGUUUGGUUAUGACAUCGGCAUUUCAGGUGGAGUAACUGGAAUGGAUGACUUCCUGAUAAAGUUUUUCCCCAAGGUCCACGAAAGAAAGAUGCACGUAGCAGAAAACAACUACUGUAAAUAUGAUGAUGAGAUGCUUCAACUCUUCACAUCUUCUCUGUACAUUGCAGCACUUGUAGCCAGCUUCUUUGCGUCCAAGGCGUGCUCCCUUUUAGGACGUCGGCCCACUAUUCUUAUGGCAUCCACAUUUUUUAUCGCUGGUGCCAUUUUCUGCGGUGUUGCUAAUGCCAAGUGGAUGCUAAUUUUUGGUAGAAUUCUUUUCGGAAUUGGAGUAGGCUUUGGGAAUGAAGCUGUUCCCUUAUUUUUAUCAGAAAUUGCACCCAUAAAUCACAGGGGAGCGGUCAACAUCCUCUUCCAGCUCUUGGUGACAAUUGGGAUUCUCGUUGCCAACCUUAUAAACUAUGGAACAUCAAUGAUGAAGGAAAAUGGUUGGAGGGUGUCAUUGGGGCUUGCAGCGGUUCCAGGAGUCAUCCUUUUCAUAGGGUCGUUGAUCAUCACAGAAACUCCUCCCAGCCUUGUUGAAAGGGGCAAAGAAAUGGAAGGAAGAGCAGCCCUCCAGAAAAUCAGAGGUGUUGACAAUGUUGAUGCUGAAUUUCAACAGAUUGUUACAGGUUGUGAGCAAGCCAAACAAGUUAAACAACCUUUCAAGAAAUUGUUCAAAAAAUCCGGAUUCCCUGCUUUGUUCAUCUCCACUAUCAUUCAGGUUUUCCAACAGUUUACCGGGAUCAACGCUAUCAUGUUUUACGCUCCGGUCUUGUUCCAAACAUUGGGAUUCAAGUCUGAUGCCUCAUUGUUGUCGGCUGUCAUUACUGGUUUGGUUAAUGUAGGUGCCACUUUCGUGUCCAUCUAUGCAGUUGACAAGGUAGGAAGGAGGAAGUUGCUUCUCCAAGCUUCUGUCCAGAUGUUUAUUUCCCAGGUCGCAAUUGGAGCGAUCUUGGUAACCCACCUGAAGGCGACAGGGUCAUUGGACAAGGUCUUGGCGGCUGUGGUGGUGGUUCUAGUUUGCACAUUCGUGAUGUCGUUUGCAUGGUCGUGGGGGCCAAUGGGAUGGCUGAUUCCCAGUGAAAUCUUCCCAAUAGAGACAAGAACAGCAGGUUUUGCAUUUGCAGUGAGUACAAAUAUGAUCUGCACUUUCAUAAUUGCUCAGGCAUUCCUCUCCAUGCUGUGCCAUAUGAGGGCCUACAUUUUCUUCUUCUUUUCUGCUUGGAUUCUGGUAAUGGGACUCUUUGUGCUGUUCCUCUUGCCGGAGACAAAAGGAAUACCCAUCGAGUUGGUCGAGGAAAGGGUCUGGAAGCAACAUCCAGUGUGGAAGAAGUUCUUCAAGGAUGAUGCAAAGGAGACAGCCGACUAAAUUAAUCAAACAAAAUGAAUAGAUUAGGGGGACUAUAUUUUUGUAAUCAUAUAUUCUUAAUGGUAUAUAUGUACGUAAAUAUAUUCUUACUAUCUAAAAUUUUUAGUUUAGUAAUAUUUUAGGAUAAUAAUUUGUAUUAUUUGAUAUGUCGUACUUAUA